AUACAUACAUAUAGUCAUGCUUUUGGAAUCAACGUUGAGUUGAUUCCGUGCAUAGUAGCGCACUAUGUUACAGUGAAUGAUUUGAAUGUGAAUGAUUGCAUGCUCGUAUCCUAUAAUAAAAGUAUCUACUUAAUAACUGUAGUAGAUAAUUGUGUCACAGUAAGUUAACUAAAAGCGCAAGUGAAACGAAAAGGAAAACAUGGAAAACGGUGUAUCAGAAAAAGUGGAUAUGUUAAAAGAUUGGAUAAAGCAACAACCACAUCUACCGCAUAAAAAUAAUGAUGUUUUACUUACACGUUUCAUUUACUGCUGCAAUGGAAGUAUUGAAGUUGCGAAAAAACUAAUCGAUCUGUUUUAUUCGAUGAGACUUCAAAUACCAGAACUGUUUUCAGAUAGGGAUCCUGCUCAUCCAGAUAUAGAUAAAGCUUGGCAAGUUAUGGACCUCAUACCAUUACCCAUAUUGACCAAAGACAAGUACCAGCUACUAGUAUAUCGCUUAAACACGAGCGAUGCCGACAACUUUAAUUUCAUAAAUGCUGCAAAAACUUUUACGAUGGUUGCUGAUGUCAGGAUGAUUCAAGAAAGUAGCCUAUCAGAAGGCGAAGUUCCUAUAUUUGACAUGAAAAACUUUACUAUCAAACAUUUUACGAAAUUUGCCUUCCCGAUUAUGAGGAAACAAGCAGUAUAUUCUCAGGAAGCACUUCCAAUAAGAUUGAAGCAAAUACAUUUUGUCAAUGCGACCUCAUUUUUUGACAAAAUAAUGCUUCUAAUACGACCUGUUUUGAAAAGUGAAGUGGUAAAAAUGCUUCACGUUCAUCUUCCAAAUUCUGAAACUCUAUUCGACUUUAUACCAAGAGAUUUGCUUCCGGAGGAAUAUGGUGGUACAAUUGGUUCGUGCGAAGACCUGAAGAAGAUAUGGAGAACAAAGAUGCUAGAUGAAAGAGAAUAUUUUACAAAUGAUGAGUAUUGGAAAGUGGAUGAAUCCAAACGACCAGCUGGCAGUGAUAAUUCUCAUUCUCAAUAUUUUGGUAUGCAAGGAUCAUUCAAAACUCUGAGUAUUGAUUAAAAGUUCCAAUAAAGUAAUAUUUUUUAA